CGGUAACUACUAAGAUUCUCGCGGCCCGGCACUAUCCUUCUUGAAGGCUUGAGCAAUGGCAAAUUUAAUCCGCUCAGCCAAGUCUGGCAGUGACUGGGGAGAGAAUGAACUCUAUGCUUUCAAUAUUGGAAUAGCCAAUGAAGACGCAUAUGAGUUCUUUGGGCACCCCCUUCCAGACCAACUCGAUGUCUCACCGGUAAUCUUGAGCAACAUUGAUGAACCGCCCGACGCAACCAAGGCAGACAUCGAUUUUUUCGCGUAUUUGGAGGAUGCCAUUGCCAUUCCUCCCAAUGAAGAGUCUUUCGUGGAUGAUUUCGCAUCUAUCGUUCUUAAAUUGAUGGGAUAUGACUCUGGUCGCCGUAUCAUUCACCAACAGAAAGAACUCUCUUUUGAGAUGUGCGGACAGCGGGUGUCUGCCAAGACGGAUGUUUGUGUUAUGGAACGUGGAGCCGCGAGGUAUUUAUUGCUUGUACAGGAGGACAAACGCCAUUUAUCCAGCGUCAACCCAGAACCUCAGCUUGUGGCCGAAGCUGUUGCCGCGUUUUAUCAGAAUAACAAAGGACGAGAACGCAUAGGUCUUGCCACAAUUGCACAUGCUGUGAUUCCCGGCAUCACGAUGAUCGGAAGCGCCCCAACUUUCUUUAAGAUUCCUGUCUCAGAAGCCCUGGUCAAGGCAAUUGUGACCGGCCAGUACCCUGCAUUCGCUACGACUGUGCAGAGACUUGUGCCUCCUGUCCCAGAUCGUUUGAACUAUAUGAUUCAAGGCAUGAAGCCCUUGGAGAAUCGCCGUGUCGUUUUUCAGUGUUUCCAAGCUUUCAAAGCAUUGCUUCACUAAAGCAAUCAACGUACCACUUCUCCAAUCACUCGUGAACUCUCUUUGGAUCGGAUGAGUGUGUAGUAUUACGAGGCUUGUUGGCUGAGUCAGAACAAAGCGUGUGCUCUCCACAAUAGAAUUCUGUAACAUUGAAGA